AUAGGAGAUAAGCCUCUAUCUCUGAAAAAAAAGGAACUUCUUCGGCAACAGUCAAGAUUGCUACACCAGAAAGCAAUCCCGCAGGAGAGAAGGAGCAACGAGAAGAUGAGAAAUCUCCCGGUACCUCUUGGAUUUCUCCUGACAACAUUAACAACGGAACUUGGACUAUGUCCGGAUGGAUUUGUGAGUUUUUACGAUCCUCAAGUAUCCAUGUAUGUGUGUAUCAUGUUUGCAAUGGACAUGAAGAGAACUUGGUACGAGGCAAAAGAGCUCUGUGAAAGCCACGGCGGCGACUUGGCUUAUCUAGACAUUGGCUAUCUGCACUAUGAAGUUAUUGACUACAUUCUUCAACAACCAGCUUGGCGCGAUGAAGGAUUCCAUAUAGGAUGCUCUGACGAACUCGAAGAAGGAAACUGGGUACAUACGGAUGGUCGCAAGGUAGAUAUAAAAACGAGUCAUUGGCUGCCAGGAGAACCUGAUGGAUGCACUAUGGAUAACUACUGUUGUCUCUACCCUCCGCAUUUCCUCUAUAAGUCCUGUGUUAAUGAUCAAAGAUUGUAUGCUAUGUGUAUGAUCUAAGUAUAACAUUGUAUGUAGAUGUGAGCCGGGUACAAGACAAUUUAAAGAUAUGGUCUGGAUGUGAUUAGGAUUAAUAGAGUACAGGGUUAGAGCGUCCCAUCGUUACUGCGCAUAAUAAGUGACGUAAUUGAUAGGUGGCCAUAAAAGAAAACCAAGAAAAUAAAUAAAUUAAGGGUCACUAUAGGAAUUGUUUGCCCACACCCAUUCUCUAUCUCUUUCACGACCUUGUGUGAGAGAGGUCCCCGUUAAUCUCCAGGUACUGGAAGAUAAGUUUCCUUGUUCUUCACUCUGGUGAGGUCAAAUACUGACUGAUGACUUUUAUUUAUCUGAACCUUAGUCAGAUCAGCCACGUGACGUCAUGCGCGAGAUUGUCCUAUUUUGGUCAGAAGCGGUCUAACCCUGUACUCUAUUAAUACUGGAUGUGAUAGAGCCUCAAGCUGAGAACUAGCGAUAACAUCAAAGACACAACUAUAUGUAAUUUAGACAACAUUAACUCUGCUAUAACAGUCUAGAUAAAACCAUGGUAUAACCGUUUUGAAUGAAACCUUUUCACAAAAUUCUACCAGCCAUAACAAGCAGCAUAUAAUGACCUACUUAUAACUCAGCAUGAUAAACAGUAUUGUGCGAUGGAUUUAUUUACCAUGAAUAGGAAAUUUCUAAUUUGUUAUAUAUAAUAGCAUAUUUCGAAUUGCUCUCUGCCCAUCAGACCAUUAAAGAAGAAUCUGUUCCAGGGAUUUGUGAACUUUCUCAAAUAGGAAAUAAAGAUUUCGAAAUGAAACAUUACGGGUUAAAAUCUAGACUGGCAUUAAAGUAGAAUUAACUGUCCAGAGAGGAAGGUUGCUCAAGCUAUACUUCGAUAAGUCUAUGGAGAGGGAAAAUCGAAUUUUAAAAGAGGAUCCAUACCGACUGACGGCUCCGAUGAUGAUUUUAAUUUUAGAUAUAAGACUUAUUAAAAGAGGUAUUUAACAGACAUAAAGAUACUAUUUUCAAGUAUAUAUAUAUAUUAUAAUAUAUAUAUAUAUAUAUAUAUAUAUAUAUAUAUAUAUAUAUAUAUAUCUAAUAAAAAAAGAUUAUCAGCGGGGUGACCUAACUUGGCUUACAGAAAAGGUGGUAUAAAUACCACCUUUUCUGUAAACUUUCCUCAUUCAUAUACCUGAAGAGAGAGACAGCAGUCUCUGAAAUAUAGUACUUUUCUCUCUA